CUUCUUCUUCUUCAACGUGCAUCCUCUUUCCUUCCUUCCUAGCGGUUGUAUUGCGCCCUUAAUUUCCAGUUCUCCUUUCCUACGAAUCCUCAAUCAAUAACUAUGAGAGAAAUCCUGCACAUUCAGGGCGGCCAAUGCGGCAACCAGAUCGGCGCCAAGUUCUGGGAGGUCAUCUGCGACGAGCACGGCGUUCAGGUCGACGGCAAGUACGGAUCCUCCGACCUCCAGCUCGAGAGGAUCAAUGUCUACUUCAAUGAGGCCGCCGGUGGCAGGUUUGUUCCCCGGGCCGUCCUCAUGGAUCUCGAGCCUGGCACCAUGGACAGCAUCCGCUCCAGCCCCUACGGCCAGAUCUUCCGCCCCGACAACUUCGUCUUCGGCCAGUCCGGCGCCGGUAACAACUGGGCCAAAGGUCACUACACCGAGGGCGCUGAGUUGAUCGACUCCGUUCUCGAUGUUGUUCGCAAGGAGGCCGAGAAUUGUGAUUGUUUGCAAGGUUUCCAGGUGUGUCACUCUCUGGGAGGCGGCACUGGUUCGGGAAUGGGAACCCUCUUGAUCUCCAAGAUAAGGGAGGAAUACCCAGACAGAAUGAUGCUCACCUUCUCUGUUUUCCCCUCGCCAAAGGUCUCUGACACCGUGGUUGAACCCUACAAUGCCACCCUCUCUGUCCACCAGUUGGUAGAGAAUGCCGAUGAGUGCAUGGUCCUUGACAAUGAAGCACUCUAUGACAUUUGCUUCCGGACACUCAAGCUCAGCAAUCCAAACUUUGGUGACCUGAACCACUUGAUUUCAGCAACCAUGAGUGGGGUAACAUGCUGCCUGAGAUUCCCCGGCCAGCUGAACUCCGAUCUCCGGAAGCUUGCCGUGAACCUGAUCCCAUUCCCACGCCUUCACUUCUUUAUGGUGGGGUUUGCACCACUCACUUCCCGGAGGUCCCAGCAGUACACAUCCCUCUCUGUGCCUGAGCUGACCCAACAAAUGUGGGACGCCAGAAACAUGAUGUGUGCGGCCGACCCCCGCCACGGCCGGUACCUUACAGCCUCCGCCAUGUUCAGGGGGAAGAUGAGCACCAAGGAGGUGGACGAGCAGAUGAUGAAUGUGCAGAACAAGAACUCAUCGUACUUUGUUGAGUGGAUCCCCAACAACGUGAAAUCAAGCGUUUGUGACAUCCCACCAACUGGGCUGAAGAUGGCGUCAACCUUCGUGGGGAACUCCACGUCGAUCCAGGAGAUGUUCCGGAGGGUGAGCGAGCAGUUCACGGCGAUGUUCCGGCGAAAGGCCUUCUUGCACUGGUACACCGGGGAAGGGAUGGACGAGAUGGAGUUCACGGAGGCAGAGAGCAACAUGAACGAUCUGGUGGCUGAGUACCAGCAGUACCAAGAUGCCAUCGCUGAGUACGAGGAAGGAGAGUUCGAGGAGGGCUACGAAGAGAAUAACGAGGCUUAAUUGCUCGAGACAAAACCCAAAAAAGCCAGACAAUUUGAUGGCAAUAUUAUUAUUGGUCUCUCUUCUUCUCCUUUUGUUAAUUCCUAUUUUCCCUUUUAUCUUUCUUUCUGCAAUAUUAUUGUUGUUCUUCUGCUCCUCCUCCUCCUCCUCCUGUUAAAGCAAUCGACUUUAUCAUUGUCGUGUUUUCAUAUUUGAUCGUAUUUAUUUAUACUUAAAAAGCAUGUUGUUUGUUCUAUAUAUAUAUCCAAUCAAUCAAGCAAGAGAAUAAUAAAAGUUCUUUGGUCUCGU